UUUAGUACUUGUAGCAUGUUUAUCGUUUUAUUCUUUUUUUUUUUUUUUUUAUUAUGAGGGAUUAGGAGAAAUUUUUUGUUGACAACAGUUAAAUACAACUAAAUUUUAAAUUACAGCUCUAAUUUAUAAGCAUUUAUAAACAAGUUAUGUCAAUAUGCUUGCUCUUCAAUUUGGACAAUGUGGAAAUCAAUUAGGACAUGCAUUAUUUUCAAAACUCUCUACUGAUAUAGAUGCUAAGAAAACUGGAGUGUCAUAUAAUGUUAAUUAUAAUUAUAUCGAAGAGGUAUUUGAUAAAUGGUUUUCUGGCCUAACCAAAGACGGAAAAAGAUUAGCGAGAGCAAUUCUUGUGGAUACGGAAGAAAAAGUUAUAAAUAAAAUAACUGAUAAUAAAUGUGGGAGCUGGACAUAUUGUACUAGUAAUGCAUUUUAUCAAACUGCUGGGGGCUCUGGUAAUAAUUGGGCAUAUGGGUAUAUGGAAAAAGGGAUUAGAUUUUAUGAAUCAAUAUCAGAUAUUAUUCAGUGUGAGAUCGAGAAAGUAGACCAUUUGGAUGGUUUUCUUUUUCUUCUUAGUUCAGCAGGUGGAACAGGUUCCGGAAUUGGAAGUCGUAUCAUAGAAUUAUUACGAGAAGAAUAUAAAAACAAAUCAUUUGUCAGUACAAUCGUAUUACCAUUCCUAUUUGGUGAAAUGAGUACACAGAAUUAUAAUACCUUGUUAACUUUGGUUAAAUUUUUAGAUAACGCAGAUGCAGUUUUUUUAUUUGAGAAUGAAGAUAUUCAUCAUAUGCUUAAAAAUUUAUUAAAUGUAGAUGUUAAAUUAGAAGAUAUCAAUGAUGUAAUAUCUAAAAAUUUAAGCAUAGCUUUUCAACCUAUAAGUAAUAUGCAAAAUAAUUUACAUUCGUUAAUGGCCAAACUAGUUGUAGAACCAUGUUAUAAACUUGCAACUAUUAAAUCUGUCCCAUUUUUAUCUAUAUUUCCCGAAUAUAAUGCAACUAAUACAUGGCAGUCAUAUUUGUAUCAAUUGAAACGAAUGCUCAAGGUAUAUUCUAUCACUUCUGAUAUAAAAUGUAAGAAAACGAAAAAAUUAUCUCGUGCAUCAUGUUCUACGCCAUCUUCAUUGUAUAGUCAUUCGAUAUCAAAUAUUUUAAUUACUCGUGGAAGUUGUACAUAUAAAGACAUACAAACAGAUGAAUUGCAAGAGAAAUGUUUAUAUGCGGACUGGAUUACAACUGAAGCAUUUACACAUUUGCAUCAACAACGACAUAUUUUAAAUCAUGACAAAGCAUUAGCUUUACUUACAAAUAAUUCCAAUAUUUAUCACCCAAUCAAUGAAGUACUAGAUAAAGCUUGGAAUUCUUAUAUACAUUCAGCCUUUUUACAUCAUUAUAAAAAAUUUGGUUUAGAAGAUGAUGACUUUUUGAGAACGUUUGUAAAAAUUGAAAAUGUAUUAAAAGAUUACAAGGAAUUAGAUAGAAAAUAGGUUAGUGAUAAAUGAUAGAAACUUAAAAAAAAAAAAAACUAAUUAAGAAAAUCUGAUAUGAAAAGAAAAAGAAUUUCUGUAGUGUCUUUUGUCAUGAACAACUCUAUAUGAUUGUACAGGAAAAAGUGAGUUUGUAACGUGUCGUGACAUAGAUUUUAUAUAUAAAUUUUAGAUAUAAAUACAAAAUACUAUUUAAUAUAACAUAAAAGUAAGACUUUACUAUUUUUUGA